UUGGAGGUUAUAGUGCCGCGAAUACUUCUAUCGAUUAGUACUAUCGUUACCAGACGACGGGCACGCUGUGAGCAGAAAUGACAGUGGUUGUUAACAAUGUAGAACAGUUUUAUCGUAUGAUUGUUCUAAACACACCGCUUGAUUUCCGUGGCACGGAUAUUCUGGGAAAUGAAAGCGCCGUUUAGAUAUGACGGAAUAUAUUUUAGCCAAAAAAAGUUUGAAUGGAGUUACCCGAAUGGAAAUGGACGAUUAUUUUGCCGAUUCCGAGAUUGAGAACCUUUACAGUUGGCUGGACAGGAUAGAAUUUUCCCGACCGAAGAAAAAUGUUGGGAAGGAUUUUUCCGAUGGAGUGCUGGUCGCGGAGGUGGUGCACCAUUACUUCCCCAGACUGGUGCAGCUGCACAACUAUGCACCGGCCAGCGCACCCAAACAGAAGAUGGAGAACUGGUACUACCUCAACAGGCGUGUGUUAAAGAAGCUUGACCUUGAUCUCUCCGAUGACAUCAUCAGAUCACUCUCCUACUGCAAGUCUAAAGUGGCGGAGAAAGUACUGAUGAUGCUUCGUCUCCAGAUAGACAGAGCUCUGGAAAAAUCUGUCACUUUCUCAAAACGAUUUCCAAAUAACAACUUGUCACAGUCCAUGGAUAAUAUGGAGUUUUUAGUCAGCCCACGGCUACUGCCCCUGAGCUCAAAUGGCUCUCAACAAGGAAAGUCCAACUUGUCUCCGAGGCGCCGGAUUCCACACACCAGGAGGGAAUCUUACACCUCCAACAAGCCUCUGAUUGCUCCAAUAAUGGACAAUGUACCUCGGGCAUUGGUGGAGGAGAAACAGCAGGAAGCAGCUGCAAAGGAGGAAACAAUUCAGAUUAUGAAUGCAAAGAUACGUCGAUUGGAGCACUUACUAAGUUUAAAAGAUGUGAGAAUUGAAGAUUUAGAAACACGUCUUAGUAAUCUACAACAAUCACAGUUGACUCAACACACUGGAAGACUGUAGUCAUGACGACCCCCAGGAUCCAUCUACCCAGGGCACCUGUGACAUCGGCGGGGAGUGUGUGCAGGAGACUAUGGGUGGUUGACACUCUGUGUGGGGAGGUGCUCUGCAGAGGGAACACUGAUCAGUAACAGAGAAAUGAUAUUUGAAGGAUAAAUUGAACUGGAAGUGAAAAUAUUUACACGUUGUUUACAGAACAGUUUACUGUUUGUUUCAAUGGAUAAAUGUGUUUACUUAUGAACUGUGGACUGUUUGCUACGCAACAUUCAUGAGCUGCCUUUAAUACAUGUUGUUAUUCUAAUGUAUUUUGUAGUUUUUGUUCAGAUUUAUGGUAUUUGAAGUUGAAUUGAUCAUAUAAUCAGGGUAUUGAGAUGUGAGAUACAGUGGAUGGACUCUGUCAUCUGUGUAGACUACAGGCUACAGUAUGACACAAGGCUGCAUGAUUCUUUUCUUCACAGUGCGCCUUGGAUUUCACCAUGCUACGAUCACUAGCUAAUCACCAUACAAAUCAAUAAGGCUUUCUUAAAAGAAUUUACUCAAAUACUUUAUGCCUGUAAUGAAAUUUUUGACCACUUUAUUAAACAUGUUUGAAUACCUUGCUGUUAAUCUCAUCAAGCAUGAACUGCUUACUUGUUCUGCAUGCACCAACAUAUUAUGACAGACAUUAUUUGUAAAUUCAAAUCAUGGAAGGAGUAUUGAAGUGCUUGAGCAAUGUCACUUUUUUAAGUUUGAAUUUUCACCAUCAUGGAUUAGUUAUUGUGUUAUUGAGCAAAACAAAUCAAAGUAUAUCAUGAGUAGAUUUUGCAUUAUCUUAGUUCUAAGAUCAGUUUACCAGCAUUAGUUACUGUUGUUUGUUUAUACUGAGUGGAAUAUUUGUUAAUGUGUAAAAUUUGAUGUUUCAUUUGCCCUUUCCUUUAUCGAGUUCCCGAUAGUUUGUUAUGUUCAGUUUAAUGUUAAUUGUUGUUAGUACAACAAAGACAUACAAGUUGAUAGGAAGAUUUCAGAUGUAGUGCUUUUGAUUCAUCAUUGUGCUUUUUAUUAAACAGGAUUAUUAAAUAAUGAAUGUAUUUGCCAAGCUUGAUACCGUAAAUCAAACAAGAAAUAGUGGUUAGUUGUUAUUUACUGAUUAUUGAGGUAGAUAAAGUAUGAAUAGCUAGAUAUGUUUCUAUCAGUCUGUAUUGACAGUCACAAACAUAUGUGAUAUAUACAUUAAUUAGGUCUAAGUGUAGUAUAGGUAAAACACGAUUAUCAUCCACAUUCACUCUGAGCCCACCGACCUACUUGUUUGUGAUUUGCAUUUGUUGGACUCAAUUUCAAGGAAAAUGUUUGCCAAAAUUGUCAGUUACCUCAACUUGUUCUUUCUUAAAACCCAUGUUUUAUGUCAUAAUAGGGGUCUUUGUGAUCAGGGUCCAUUUUCACAAAGCAUUAUUAGUGCAACGACUAUCUUAAGGCCAUGUUAUUGGGUAUGAGCUACAAUCAUCGUAGUGCUAAGAUCGCUCUGUGUGAGUAGACGCAGGUUGAUAGCAUAUGCUCAUAAUAUCAAUGACUUGAAUCUCUGAUUUACAGCCUGUUAUAAUUUAGUUGGAAUAUCUGCUGAGUCUGCAUUAAAUAAAAUAUUAAAAUAUAAAUCGACUAGAUACUCACUUUUUAAAGGAAGAUUUGGAUGAUAAUCUGACAGUUGAUCUAUAUUGGCCUUACAUAACAACUUACCAACAUGUUUUACAUAAACUCAAGUUUGAUGAGAUUGUGCCAUAUUGUCAAACCUUCAGAUCUGACUGUCUGUACCGUGCUACAGAGCUGAAUGUUGUUUUAGCAGCGUUGUGAUACUAUGUACCCAUGUCUGUGAUAUCCUGUACCCAUGUUGUACUCAUUGAUAGCAAUGACUUUCUGUACAAAUAAACAUUUAUAUUUUA